UUAGUCAGCGGUGGCGGGUCAGUCGGUUACCAGUUGCCGUGACGGUUAGUAAACGCCAAGUACAACUCCGUCGCGCCUCAUUUUGCGAUCGCACAUCCAGCACAUUUUGUUUUUCUUUUGGCUGUGUAGUGUUUGUUGACGUGUCAUUUGGCGACAUUUUUUGUUUUUUUUUUUGCCCGUCACCAUCGGGAAGAAUUUUUUAAAUUUCCAGUGGAUGAUUCGGCCACCAAACAUCCCGCCCAUGUGCGUCCAGUGAAGUGAGAAGAAAACAAAACGAGUGUGUGUGUGGUGUUGGAAAGAAUUCACUUUUGGGUUGGUGUUUCAUCUGAACGAGACACUAGUUGGAGAAGAAGAGUCGAUAUAUAAUUACAGAAAACAAAACAAAAAAUGGAUAUGACCUGGCAACAACGGCAAUUUGUCCUCGCUUUCUUAGCGGUGGCGCUGUUUGUCGCUGUCGCAUUGGCCGUGGAUGUUCGGGUCGGCGAAGACGUGACGCUCGAAUGCCGUUUCAAUCCGGUGCUGAUGGACAAACGUCACACCUUUUACUGGAUUCGGGCCAACAUUAAAGAAAAGGACAACGUCGCCAUUGGUGAAUCGCCACUAGAGAAGAAUUACAGAAUCAGUUUCAAACCGGCCGAGGGCCAGUACGAUUUGUUGGUGUCUGGAGCCACGUACGAUCGCGACAAUGGCCGUUUCGAAUGCCGCCUCAAGGAACAAGGCACCGGAAUUGAAUUGCACAGCCAAUCGGUGGAUUUGGUCGUUUUAGUGCCACCGUCGGCUCCGCAAAUCAACCCCGUCAGUCCCGUGGCCGUCGAAGGACAACCCACUGAAUUGGUGUGUUCCAGCGCCGGAGGCAGUCCCGAUCCCGUUUUAAGAUGGUACCGGAAGGGAGAAGCGAAUCCGUUGGAAGGUGCGAUAACAAAACCGGGCGGAAGUCGAAGUGUGGCGACGCUAUCGACGCUGAUGGUGCGACCGCAAAAGGAAGACGAUGGCUCUGAAUACCGCUGCGUGGCCUGGAACCGCGCCAUGGACAUUAACGACAAGAAGGAAGCCAACGUCGCUCUCACCGUCAAUUAUGCUCCGAGGGUGCGUGUGAGUCCCAGCCCUUUAAACGUCGAACGUGGCGGAUCCGUUCAAAUCCAAUGCCAAGUCGAUGCCAAACCGGCCGUGUACAGCGUCCGCUGGACUCGAUCCGGACGCUUCAUCGCCACCAGCUUCAAUCACACGCUGCGCUCCGUCAGCCUCGACGACGACGGCCUCUACGUUUGCUCAGCGGACAACGGACUCGGCCAGGUGGGCGAAGCCGAACUGCAGUUGGACGUGCUCCAUCCGCCCGUCGUCACCAUCGGCGAAGCUCGCAAGGAAGUCGACAUCGGCGCCAGCGUCGUCGUCCCGUGCAACGUCUCGGCCAAACCGGCGCCCACCUCCGUCGAAUGGAUCAAGGAAGGCGACGCUCAAUUCAGAUCCAACGGCCCGGUGCUGCGACUCAACAGAGUCUCGGCCAACGACAACGGCCGAUACCUUUGCCGGGCGACCAACACGAUCGCGUCGACGGAACGAUCCGGCAACGCCACGUUUCAAUUGCUGGUCAAACACGAGCCUGGAACGGCCCGCAUUUCGCCCGAAGAGCCGAUCGCCGUCGACGAGGCCUCCAUCACUUUGACUUGCGUCGCCGAUCCGCCCGGCUGGCCCGUCCCCCAGUACCGCUGGUGGAAGGCCGGAGCCGAGGGCACCAUCUUGGGCACGUCUUCGGAACUGACGAUCCACGUGGCCCGUCAGAACAGCGAAGGCACCUAUUACUGCCAGCCGAACAACGACCUGGGCACUGGCGGUUCGAGUUAUGUUAAUUUGCGGGUCUUUCAACCGCCGCGCUUCAUUGGCCAGUUGCCGCCCGUCUUGCAGAAGAAAGCCCAGGACGCUGAUUUCAACAUGACGUGCUCUGCCCAGGGCAAACCCAAGCCAUCCAUCACUUGGCUCAAGGACGGAGUCGAGAUUUUGCCCGGCAGCAGUUCGGGCGCUUACGAACUGGUGACGGACGAGUCUGAAGGUCGCAACGCCAUCUUUACCGUUCGUUCGACACUUCGUUUUCACGGCUCCGAACGUCCGGCCUUGUCUCAAUUGACGGCCGACGAUCGCGGCGUCUACACCUGCGCCUUCGAGAACCAAAUCCGGCGCAUCGAAUCCACCCUGACCCUCAAAAUCGAACACGCGCCCAUUCUGCUCGAUCACCGGCCCAAAGUGGCGUCCAACGUCGGAUCCUCCAGCGUCCAGUUGCUGUGCCAAGUCCAGGCCUACCCUCGUCCCAAUUUCGAAUGGUCGUUACGCGACGUGCCCAUUAUCGGCGGCGGCGGCGGUGGCGGCGGCGGCGGCGCGACGGCCAGCGACAGCAAAUACGAAAUGAACGUGACGUCGAUCACGAACGCGGCCAACGGUCACGACAUCUACCAGGGCAUGUUGCGGAUCAACGACGUCAAAGAGUCCGACUAUGGCGAUUACACUUGCAAAAUGUGGAACGCGGAAGGCGAAAAUGCGGCCGCCGUCCGUCUGCAAGCCACCAGCGCUCCCGAGAAACCGACCAAUUUGAGGGUGGUCCAGUCGGGCUACGAUUCGCUGACGCUCGAGUGGGACGAAGCUUUCAACGGAGGGUUCGAAAACACCAUCUACACUGUCCUCUAUCGGGCCGUUUCUUCGUCGUCGGCCUCGCUGGGUGGCGGCGAGGCUGGCCAGCAGCAAGAGGACGACUGCCAAUACGCCAACCCGUGCGUCAUCCGGGGCCUGGAACAGCUGCAAUCGUACACGUUUCAAGUGCGAGCGGAGAACACGAAGGGCAAGAGUCCGGUCAGCAGCGCCUUGACUGCGUCCACCGUCGUCGAUCUGUCGCGCAUUCCCGAGCCGAAACAGGUGGCGUACGAGCCCAAAACGAAAACGAUUUCGUUCAACGUCGACUCGCAAUUGCCGUUGAUGGCCAUGGUGGAGAGCCGCGUCGAUGGCGACUGGGCCCUUUCGCAAAAGAUCUCCGUGCGAUCGCCAGUCAGCCGCGAAGUGGUGGACUUGGUCAAGGACGACGUGGACGAUAUCCGCAUCAAACUGUGUCUCGAGAUGAACACGACGCUGUGCAGCGAGGCCGUGGUGGCCGUGACGGGCGACCUCGUUCAAGAGCCGACCAAAGCCUUGACUGAAUUGCCGGCCAAGUACAUGGUGGCCAUCAUCGUGGCUUGCGUCGUCGGAUCGCUCGUCUUUGUCUUGUUCGCCAUCUUUUAUUGCUAUCGUCGACGAAGGGCCCAAAAGCUGAAGAAAUUGCUCGAAAUGGAGAAGGCCCAUUCGGCCCGUCCCACCAUUGGCCAACAGCAGCAACAACAACAGCAGCAGCAGCAGCAGCAACAGCCUCCUCCACCUUAUUACGCUGGCCUGGAGAAUAAAGGACGCGAUCAGAGUCUGAUGAAUACGAGCCACGGCAGCAUGCUGGACGAUGCGGCCAGCAAGAACGCCCUUUACGCUACCCAAAAUGGUUACGGCUACGCAGUGGCUAGCGCUCAGAACAACGGACACGCCAACGGCGGAGGCGAUUGGGUCAAUAUGGCGUACACGGAACACAGUUAUUCCAAUUCGAACAAUGGCGGCUCCGUCAAUUCUCAAGACUCUCUAUGGCAGUUGAAAUUGGCCAGCCAAAAUGGCGGCGUUGGCGGAGUGAACGGCGGCGGUGGUGGCGAUCACCAACUGGGCAAUGGAACCCUGCCGGACAGGUCGUACCACUAUGACCCCAUGACUCACGGUGGGUACGGCGGAUUCGAAGACUACAGUCACUAUACGCCCAGCAACGGCGAUGACUACAUGCAGCGCAACAAUUACGGCGUCGUGACGGCCAACGGAGAUCCUUAUGCCGCCGUCCAUAAAAAUGGCAAACGCAUGGAACAUCUCGAAUCAACAUAUCACAACGUGAGUGGCUUGCCAGAUCCGUACAUGGAGGCCGAACCGGAGGAGAUGAAACAGCACCAGCAACAACAACAGCAGCAACAGCAACAAAUGGCGCCACCUCAGCACCAUCUCUCGUUUGAUGAGUCGCUCGAGAGCGGCUAUUCAACACCCAAUUCACGGAAUCGCAGAGUCAUCCGCGAGAUCAUCGUGUAGACAGAAAAAAGAAAAAAAAACAGAUGCUAAUAUGAUUAUUUCUUUAAAGAUUUAUUAUUAUUAGAUGUUGUACAACAGCACUCCACUCCCUUCGUCUCCCUCUCACAUCUCUUUCUCGAUCAUUUAUAUUUAAAUCAGAGUUUAUGACCCGAGAAAGUUUUCGCCGUGUGUGCCAAAACGCCUUUCGAGGUUUUACCAUUUAACGGAGCGACGACAAUCAUCAUCAUUUUUUGCAUCACCCUGGCCUGUUUGAUGGCGACCAUCUUUUUUUUGGUUUAUUGGCAAAACAACAACAAGUUUUCCUUUUUUCCUUUUUUUCCCUUUCAAUAAAAAAUAAUAAUUGAGUUUGGAUUGUGAUAGGAAGGCUCAAAGAAGGAUAUUCAAGUGCUGCCUCUGGUGGGAAGGGGGGAAUUUGCCUGCCUGUUAUUUGUUUUGUCGCCAUUUUGAUCUCGCUGAAGGAAAAGAAAAAAAAAAAAAAAAAAGAUUGAAGGGAAUACUGGACCUGGUCCUCAUCAGUUAAGAGGUCUUGUUAUAAAUAGUUAAUAAUUAAUGAAGUUCUAUUGGAUUUUCAAAAAGCGAUGGGAAAACCGACAACAAAUUCAUUUUCGAAGAAAAAAAAAAAGAAAACUUAAAU